UCUCCUUUCCCAUCUUAGCUCCCUCUCUCUCCCCCCGGGGCGGGAGAAGCCCGUGUUUGGUUCUCAAAGAGCGUCCUUUGGGAAGAGUCACAAAGCGUUUUUACCUCAGAGAGGGAGCGGCGUGGAGAGAGCUCGAGAGUUAUCCGCAGGAAGCAGCGCUGCUCUGGACACCACAGACCCGGACCACAGGGCGGAGGGAGAAGAAGAGAAAGCAAAGAGCGAAAAGAGGAAGAAAGAAGUGUCAGAUAGUGAUGACAUCCGAUCUGGGUGAUAUUUGAUCUCUCUUUUUUGUCUGACAGCUUGACCCGUGCAUCUCCAGGCGCACCAGGAGUGACUUUAAACACCUUUUCGCACUGGGUCAGUCUGCGUCCUGCCGUCCUUCUGGCGUUCUAAAUCCGUGUUUUAGGGGUUUGGGCAUUUUGGGUCCUGCUGUUACGCUAUGAUUUACCCUCUGUUUUAGCACACAUUCCUUCCUCGGGACUAGAAUUGGAGUAAUAAACAUCCAACUGUUUGAUUUCCAGCGAAGCGCACGCAGCAGCCGCAGCAAACAGCACACGCACGCUGCUCCUCUUGAAUAAGAGUGAAGGAUCUACAGGAGAACAAGUGCACAGCCAAGCGGGGAGAGACUGAGAAACAGAAGGACAGUCAUCGAGCUUCGGAGGUUUGUUAAUGUUUGGGAUCCAGGAGAGCAUCCAGAGAAGCGGCAGCAGCCUGAAGGAGGAGCCGCUGGGAGGCAUGAACACUGUCCGGAGCUGGAUGCAGGGGGGCGGCGUGCUGGACGCCAACACGGCCGCCCAAAGUGGAGUGGGUCUGGCCCGGGCUCACUUUGAGAAGCAGCCGCCCUCCAACCUGCGGAAGUCCAACUUCUUCCACUUCGUCCUGGCUCUGUACGACCGGCAGGGUCAGCCGGUGGAGAUCGAGAGGACCAACUUCGUGGGCUUCAUCGAGAAGGAGAAGACAAGUGGAGAGAAGACCAAUAACGGGAUUCAUUACCGGCUGCAGCUUCUUUACAGUAAUGGCAUCAGAACAGAGCAGGACUUUUAUGUUCGACUCAUAGACUCCAUGACUAAACAGGCGAUUGUUUAUGAAGGCCAAGACAAGAACCCAGAGAUGUGCCGAGUCCUGUUAACUCAUGAGAUCAUGUGCAGUCGGUGCUGUGACAAGAAGAGCUGCGGAAACCGUAAUGAGACGCCCUCAGACCCUGUUAUCAUCGACAGAUUCUUCCUCAAGUUUUUCCUCAAGUGCAACCAGAACUGUCUAAAAAAUGCAGGAAACCCACGAGACAUGAGGAGGUUCCAGGUGGUGGUAUCGACUACGGUGAGUGUGGAGGGACACGUCCUGUCAGUCUCAGACAACAUGUUCGUCCACAACAACUCCAAACAUGGCCGACGGGCCCGCAGGCUCGACCCUGUGGAGGGAACGCCGUCUUACCUAGAACACGGUUCAGCUCCCUGCAUUAAAGCCAUCAGUCCCAGCGAGGGGUGGACUACGGGGGGCGCUACAGUCAUCAUCAUAGGGGACAACUUCUUUGAUGGUCUCCAAGUCAUCUUCGGUACCAUGCUGGUUUGGAGCGAGUUGAUCACGCCGCAUGCCAUCCGGGUGCAGACGCCUCCCAGACACAUCCCUGGAGUCGUUGAGGUCACUCUGUCUUACAAGUCCAAACAGUUCUGCAAAGGCACACCUGGAAGGUUCAUAUACACAGCACUGAAUGAGCCAACCAUCGACUACGGUUUCCAGAGGCUUCAAAAGGUCAUCCCUCGGCACCCUGGGGACCCUGAGAGGCUGCCAAAGGAGGUCAUUUUGAAGCGAGCAGCCGACCUGGUAGAAGCCCUCUAUGGUUUGCCCCAUAACAACCAGGAGAUCAUCCUGAAGCGUGCGGCGGACAUUGCAGAAGCUCUCUACAGCGUUCCACGAGGACACACCCAGCUCUCCGGCUCCACCCACGGUGGCAUGAUGGGGGUCAACUCCUUCACUGGGCAGCUGUCUGUCAAUGUCUCCGAACCCACGCAGGCCAAUCAGGGUUUCGUGCGCAGCAGCAGUAGUGUGUCACCUCACGGUUACGUGCCCAGCUCCACGCCUCAGCAGACCGGUUACACCUCAGUCACAAGCACCAUGAACGGCUACGCUAACAACACCGGCAUGACCAACCUGGGAGGCUCGCCCACUUUCCUUAAUGGCUCUGCAGCCAACUCGCCUUAUGCUAUUGUCCCAUCCAGUCCCACUAUGGCCUCCUCCACUUCUCUCCCCUCCAACUGCUCCUCCUCUUCUGGCGUCUUCUCCUUCUCUCCGGCCAACAUGGUGUCGGCGGCCGUUAAGCAGAAGUCCGCCUUCGCUCCAGUGGUCAGGCCCUCCUCCUCCCCUCCGCCCUCCUGUACCAGCGCCAACGGCAACGGGCUCCAAGAUCAAACAUUUGUGGACUCUAGCAAGUACUCAACAGCCAGCUCUCUACAAGGCCUGGCCUUCACCUGAACAAUCCCAGGAAUGAUCGUCCCACCCAUGUAAAGGUGUGAGUGCGUGACUGUGUGUAGGUGUGUGUGUGACUGCGUGUGAGAGAUAAAAUCAAGCACACUCACAACGAUCCUGGCGGAGGAUUUCAGUGUGAGUCAGACUCCAGUCUGGGAUGGAAGCAGCUGUCCCGAUUUGAAGGAACAAACCCAACUCAGGCCCUUUCUAACACAAAAACAACUGCAAGACAACAGACAAAAAAACAAAGACAAUGACUGUUUGCAAGGAAAUACGUUGUUUGGACUUUGUACACCUUGAUGCUUUUAUAGGAGAACGGCCACGCCUACAUUAUGACUCUCCACGGACACAGGAAGUGUAUUUAUUUUGGAGAGAAUCCACUUUUUUUUCCCUUGAGUGAUAGUUGGUUUCUUUUUCUUUUUCGUGCAACAGUUAACGUGUGAUAAUCAUCUUCUGACUGUAUCUCACAUGAGGGAUUUUUCUAUUUAUGAAGUUUGGUCAUUAAUGAAGGAAUGUAAUGUGAAGAAUACCUGACGAUGAUGAUAAUAAUGAUGAUGAUGAUGAUGAUGAUGAGUAAAAAUGCUGAUUAUGAAGAGGCUGCAGGAUUCAUACAGGGCCGAAUCCAGCCGACACAGACAAGCCAAACCAGACAUACACACACACUUUCACUUCUCUUUGCCAAAUCCACGCCACCGUCACACUUUCAGCACCAACACUCGUCUUCCUCUGCGUUUAAUCGAUCAGCUGAAGGAUUCAGAUGCCUGGGUAUGAAGCUGCCAUUUUAGCCAUUCAAGGAAUCCCAAUGUUUACUUUGAGCUCGCUUCACAUUCAUCUGCACUGCUGCUCCCGUGUGAAAAUCAUUGUUUCAGCCAAUGCGAGGUGCAGAGAAAAAAUUCAGUCAUUUAACAAACCAGUUCCCACCAUGCAAGAUUCAAGGUAGAAAUGAAACUUGCUGUGGUGCUAAUGACAGCUAGAUUUGACGAGCUACCUGUAAAAAUACCAUAAAUAAGUGCAGCACAGAGGAGUGUGUGAUUACUGGGUGCCAACAGCUGCUUCACUGUUAAGGAUUUGAACCAACAUCUCUGCUACUCAGUCCACCCAUCAGCCCUUUUACCACAUGACCUUUUAUAAAGUCGGGCUCAGCCACAGCAACCUCUACAAGAGGAGGAACAUGUCUUAAAGACUGCUGCCAUUUUGACUUUGAUUUUGUUUGUCUUAAUAUAUGAAUCCUUAUUUCUGUUUUGUUUUCCUUUUGGUUUGCUGUGUUGUUAAUGCUUUUUACUGUGAUCAGCCGGCCAAUCAGAUUGUGUUCCUUUUGUUACCUAGCCACUUUUCUGGUGUGAUUGGCAACUUGAGUAAGACAAUUAUCCAAUGGUGUGUCUUAAAUACUGCGCUGCAAAGAAUGUCAUGUUAAAUCUUCAGCUGAGUCUUAUUUGUGAAAACAUUGUCACUGAGGUACACUUUUUUCAAAUCGUCCCAGUUCAGUAAAUGUUUUUACAGAGCAACUGAAUUUAAACCAUAUUUUCAUCCCAUUUUGCACCAGAAGUAAAGAUGAAGUAUGAUUUUCCAUGUUUUUUUUUUCUUUGUUUUUUUUUUGCAGAGCAGGAUAAUUAGCCAACGACAUGUCUUAAAUGCCCGGUGUGCGAGACUUAGAUAAGUAGCUGAUGGUUUGUUGUGAAAGUCGCUGCUCCCUCAGCCCUGCAGUCUGAGCUUAAAGCUCAGUGUGUGUAGUUCAGCAGUCUUAAUUCAUUUAUGAUGAUGUUAAUUUUGCCAAAGCCCUUAUUUUAGACGCACGCAGUUUCUAUGCUACGUGUCUCUUCUUUUCAUACACAGUCAAACUGUGCAAGAAUGCCAUAAUAUGUAUAACUGUCAGUGCUUAAUUAAAGCAUAAUUUUCACACCUGCAG